AUGAACGACGUUGAAGACCUUCUGAAUAUCAAUGACAGGAUUCAGCAGGUGCGGAGUGACAGAGACCAGCUGGCAUCUAAACUGCAAAACCUGAGGCAAUCAAUGGCCAGCAAUGACACGGAAGUGGCUCGCUCAGAGCUGAUAGCACAAGAGAUCAUCGACACGGGUUCAGAUGCCAGAGGAAUCGAACGGUUGAGAGCGAAGUAUGGUAAUUUGCAGGUCCUGGAUAAACUGGAAAAGGUUGUUGUUCAACGAACCCAAUUACAAGCUAGUAUAGACCAAUUAAACGGGUUAGACCAUCGGCUGGAUGAGCUGACUCAACAACCGCUGGCCCAAUUCUGUCUGGAUGACAUAGAAAUUCUAAACGCAAAGCUGAGAGAUGCCUUUGCUACCGUUCCUCAAAGAGCCUGUACUGAUUCUCAACGCGCUGCUUAUGGCAAUCUUGAAUCAAAUGUCAUCGCCAAAUAUAAUAAGCUCCUACAAAAAUUGGCCAUCAACUGGAGCGACUCGUUUGACCAAGAGUUGUUAGAAGCACAGUGGGAUACGUCAAAAUUCGUGUCUCCCUCGGUCAAUCUGGUCGAGCAUCUGAGAGAAACUUCCGCUAAGCUUUAUAGAUUGAGUCAACUCUACCUACCCUUAGAGCAGGGGACACAAAGCAAUGCCAACGUAAAUCAUCGUUCAUGCUCAACAAACGGCCAAGGGCAUAUACUAUGGAAUUUUAAGUCUAUGGCAAAUAACUUCAACGUCAGAUUCACUUACCAUUUCCACGCCACGUCCUCCAAGAUUGAGACGUACUUCCAAUUUUUAAACGAUUACCUGACAGAAAAUUUAUACAAGUGCAUUAACAUUUUUCACUGCGAUUCACGAGGGUUAACCAAGCAAAUCAUUCAUGAACAAUUCAUCAAUUACGUCCUACAACCCAUAAGAGAUAAGGUAAAGUCUACUUUAUUCCAAAACGAUUUGAAGACUUUGAUUGUCUUAAUUUCUCAGAUCCUGGCCACAGACAAAAAUUUAUUGACUUCGUUCCAUUAUCAUGGACUAGGUCUAGUGUCGUUAAUAUCCGACGAAAUAUGGGAAAAAUGGAUCAACUAUGAAGUUGAAACGGCUAAUAGACAAUUCAUUAAUAUAACCAAGAAUCCAGAAGAUUUCCCGAAAUCUUCAUUGAAUUUUGUCAAACUUAUCAACAAGAUUUAUGACUACUUAGAGCCCUUUUACAAUCUAGACUUCGAUCUAUUAAUAAGGUACAAACUCAUGACCUGCUCGUUGAUUUUUAUGAACUUGACCUCAUCCUAUCUGGAUUACAUUUUAACCGUGGACUCCUUGAAUCAAACAAGAACCAAAGAGCAGGAAUUGUACCAAACUAUGGCCAAGCUGCAACAUGUCAACUUAGUGUACAAAAAAAUUAGAUUUCUGUCUUCAAACUUCAUUUUCAUCCAGCUAACUGAUGUUGUCAAUAACACGGAAUCAAAAAAAUAUAACUCGCUUUUCCAGAAUGUGGAGAAUGACUACGAAAAAGCCAUGAACGCGGACAUGCAAAAUUCUAUUGUUCACAGAAUUCAAAAAUUAUUGAAGGAAACACUGCGAAAUUACUUCAAGAUUUCAACUUGGUCAACACUAGAAACGCCCAUCGACGAAAAUGACGGUGCAGCUACCGUACUUAGCGCCGAAUUGGUCAAUUCAAUGAACGUUUUGACAAGAUUGAUCAAUAAAUUGGAUUCAUUGGAUAUUCCAUUAGCUAUAUCACUUAAAGUUAAAAAUGAACUGUUAAAUAUUAUUGUCAAUUAUUUCACAGAGUCCAUCUUAAAGUUGAACAAAUUCAAUCGGGAUGGUUUGAAUCAAUUCCUGCAUGAUUUUGAGUCUUUAAGGAGCAUUUUGAGCCUACCAUCUCAUGCUACCAAUUACAAAUGUAUGAGCUUGCACGAACUGAUAAAUAUAUUGAAACUGAAAUAUGAUCCAAAUAAUCAGCAGUUCCUAGAUCCAGAAUAUAUCAAAACAGGUGAUUUCACAUUUUUAAAAGAAAUCUACUCUAUCAAGUACUUGAAAGAUACAAAGAUUCAGGAUGCACUUUACCGAAUCAUAUAUGGGAAUAUAGUUUAG